UAAUAUCAAGUUAAAAUCUAUACAUUCGACAGUCUUCAGGCAGUGAGCGGUAUAGCUAUAAACAGGAGGCAGUUUAUCCAUAGUAUCAAUAUGGCGUCUGUUAUGCAAAGAUUUGUGUUUCGAAAAUAUUUUUCGAAAGCCUUUUUAAAACAUCAAGUGGUUUCUUCAUGUAAGUUAACUUUGCAGGCUUCAGCUUUUUCAACGUGCACAGCUAAUCGAGCAAAGUUAUACAAAUGUACAAACGAAGCAGUUGCCGAUAUUCCCGACGGUUCAACUAUUCUUGUAGGAGGUUUCGGACUUUGUGGAAUUCCUGAAAAUCUUAUUCUUGGAUUGUUAAAGUCUGGUAGUAAACAACUAACAGCAGUCAGCAAUAAUGCCGGAGUUGAUGAUUUUGGACUUGGACUACUCCUCCAAACGAAGCAAAUUAAACGAAUGAUUUCGUCUUAUGUUGGCGAGAAUGCAGAAUUUGAAAGGCAAUACUUAGCUGGAGAAUUAGAAGUUGAAUUAACUCCACAAGGAACUCUUGCUGAAAGAGUCAGGGCUGGAGGAGCAGGAGUUGCCGCAUUUUUCACACCUACCGCCUUUGGAACUUUAAUACACGAAGGUGGAUCACCCAUUAAAUAUAAUCCAGACGGAAGUGGUAUUGAAAUUGCCAGCGAAGCUAGAGAACACAGGGUUUUCAAUGGUAGAGAUUUCAUCAUGGAAACGGCCAUAACUGGAGACUUUGCAUUAGUUAAAGGCUAUAAAGCUGAUGAAGCUGGAAAUGUUAUAUUUAGAAAAGCAGCUAGAAAUUUUAAUCCAGCUAUGGCAAGAGCAGCAAAGACAACUAUUGUCGAGGUGGAAGAGAUUGUGCCUGCGGGAAGUCUAUCUCCUGAAGAAGUGCAUUUGCCUGGUGUCUACGUUGAUAGAAUUGUUAAAGGCCCAAAAUAUGAAAAACGUAUUGAAAGAAGAACAUUAACUCAACCAGCAUCAAAGAAAAAUGAUAAUAAAUCAAAUCCUGCUAUGGAGAUGCGUCAAAGAAUAAUAAAACGUGCAGCCUGCGAAUUUAAAGAUGGCAUGUACGCCAAUUUGGGUAUUGGAAUGCCAAUGUUGGCUAGUAACUACAUACCAAAAGGUAUGUCCGUCAAUUUGCAAAGUGAAAAUGGCAUUUUAGGAUUGGGUCCUUUCCCAGUUCCGGGCGAAGAAGAUGCCGAUUUGAUUAACGCUGGAAAAGAAACUGUAACAGUUUUACCUGGUGCAUCAUUCUUUGGUAGUGAUGAAAGCUUUGCAAUGAUUAGAGGUGGUCACAUUGACUUGACUAUUCUUGGAGCCAUGCAAGUUUCGCAAUAUGGAGAUAUUGCCAACUGGAUGAUACCGGGUAAAAUGGUUAAAGGAAUGGGAGGAGCAAUGGACUUGGUUUCGAGUCAUGGCACAAAAGUUGUUGUCACAAUGGAACAUACAGCCAAAGGCGGAAAACAUAAGAUAUUAAACGAAUGCAAUUUACCUCUUACAGGAAAACAAUGCGUUGAUAUGAUUAUUACAGAAAAGGCUGUAUUCGAAGUGAAUAGAGAAAAGGGUUUGAAGUUAAUCGAAAUUGCUGAUAAUGUUGAUGUACAGAACGUCAUCGAAUCAACGGAAUGUGAAUUCGAAGUAGCCGAGGAUUUAAAACCAAUGCAAAUGAUCUAA